ACUCUGAGGAGAAAAUCUAGCCAAAGCGCGUUUGAGAAAGUUUAUUGACAAUUACAAUAUAUAGUAUAUGUAUUGUCAACAAUUGGAAAUAGUAGUUUGAAAAAAAAUAUAUACUAAAUUUAUUUAAAUUCUUUUUUGGACAAAAACAAUUAAAAAUGGACGUGCUGGUGUUUGGUUCAGCAAUUGUUGAUUUUGUGGCAUACGCCAGUCGGCUGCCUAAGCCUGGUGAGACUUUACAUGGCCACGAAUUCAAGACAGGAUUUGGUGGUAAAGGAGCAAACCAAUGUGUUGCGGCAGCGCGACUUGGUGCUAAGACAGCCAUGAUAGCAAAAUUGGGUGAUGAUACGUGGGGUUCCAAAUACCUAGAACAUCUGCGGUCCGAGCAUGUGAAUGUCGAUUAUGUACAAAAGUGUAAAGGAGAGACUACAGGUAUUGCGCAAAUAAGUGUCUCAGAUAGUGGAGAAAAUCACAUAAUUAUCGUUGUUGGUGCGAACAAUUUGUUGAGUGCAGAAGAUGUGAAUAAAUCCAAAUUGUUGUUCAACUCGGCUAAAGUAUUAGUCUGCCAGUUAGAGACACCACUUAGUGCAACAUUAGAAGCUUUGCGUGCCUUUAAGGGCAUAUCGAUACUAAAUACAGCGCCUGCAUUGGAAAAUACACCAGUUGAUCUAAUAAAAUCCGCUACCAUAUUAUGCCUAAACGAAACUGAAGCAGCAUUAACAACUGGCUGUGAUAAAAUAUCAUCCUUGACGCAAGCAAAGGUGGCAAUGGAACGACUACUUGAAAUGGGCGCUAAAAAUGUAAUUAUCACAUUAGGCCCAGCGGGUGCUGUUUAUGCUAGGCGUGAAGACCCGGAGAUAUUUAUACAUGUACCGGCACCAAGAGUGAGCAAUGUUGUCGAUACAACUGGAGCUGGUGAUGCCUUUAUAGGAGCAUUGGCGUAUUAUAUGUCACAUUUCCCAGAUUUCCCAUGGCAUCAACUAAUAGGCGCAGCUAAUCAAGUUGCUGCCUACUCUGUGGGACACCAGGGUACACAAGCAAGUUUCCCGAAACUGGAACAAGUUACCAAACAAACAGAAUUUGAGUGGAACGAAAUAUAAACAAUUGUACAAACACAAUAUGUAAACCAAAUUUUUCUUAUUUACAAAAAUUUAUUAAAUAAAGUCUGGUUUUCCUCGGCGAUUUUA